AUGUGUCGUGUAAUAUUUGUGUUUUUAAUUUCUUGUGUUAGUUAUGGAUUGUGUUAUAUGAAUUUGGCAGACGUUGAAUGUGGUUUGAACAUAGGUCGGAGAGGUCGUAUAGUUGGAGGGGUCGACAGUCUUCCAGCAGAGUUUCCAUGGACAGCAAGUAUUUGGAGACAAGGGGCUCACCAGUGUGGUGCUACAGUACUCAGUGACAGAUGGCUCUUAACAGCAGGACACUGUGUUUGCAGCGUAUUCGACGAGUUCUACAGAUCAAGACAGCUGUCAGUGGUCGUUGGUUAUACGGAUAUUUCGAACAAAGAGGAAAAUGAACCGAUUUCCAAAAUUCUUCCUCAUCCUGAUUACAAAUGCAGUAAAAAACCAAAUGAUGUUGCUCUCCUAAAGACAGUGAGGCAAUUGAGAUGGUCAUCUGAAUUGCAGCCAGCUUGCUUACCGAACUCACCAUAUGAUUUCAGUGGGACGCUCGCUACUGUUGCUGGAUGGGGUUUCACUAACGAGAAUAGAGAAAAAGGUUCAAGACCAAAUGUUCUGAAAAAAACUGAAGUUACAGUAGUGACCAACGACCAGUGCAACAGUUGGUACAGAUCUCAAGGCAGCAAGGUUAAAAUCAUUCCUAGUCAGAUGUGCGCUGGUCAUGAAGUCGGGGGACGUGAUUCUUGCUGGGCUGACAGUGGUGGUCCCCUCAUGACCAGGGAAGACACACGCCACGUUAUGGUCAUUGGUGUAGUGUCUACCGGAAGCGGUUGUGCCAGGCCUAGAAUGCCAGGCGUCUAUACCAGAAUAUCUAGAUACACCGACUGGAUAUCCAGCAGUAUUAACAAUGACAAAUCCAGAAGUUCUGGAGGUCUCAACUGGUUUUCUAGUUUCAGUAGCUUUUUUGGUUAA